AUGUCUUUUAUAGUCGCGGUAGCCUCGUCUGGUAUGCUGGCCGCGUCUGGAGGUGCGACACUCCGCACACCAGCGGCGACCUGGCGCGAGAGCAACCUCGUGUCGACGUUCAACGGUUACAACUCGCCACCUAGCUAUCACCACGGAACGCCUCCACACCUGCCCGCGCGGCCGCAGACGGCGCCGGCCAGUACCGAGCGUAUUCGUUCCCGCGCCUUGCUUGAGGACACCGAUGCGUCGCGUAAAGCUGCGUAUCUGCAAGAGGAGCUGUCGGGAGCGAGAGUCUGGCGUGUCGGUGGGGUGGGGGUGUUCGCAUAUGCCGAAGACGUCCGUGCCGAGCGUGUGCGCCAGGCGGCGUGGCGAGAAUGGUCAGCUACCAACGGAAGCGACGAGUGGCUACAUGCUGCGCGUUUACGCACGGCGAAAUACAUUACCGCGCACGAGCAGGGACGCCUGCGUCCACUCGUGCGAUGGCACCUGGUAGAGGGCAAUGGCUCCCUGCCGAUGGACGCGCUCCCCGUAGGCCGCGAAGCGAGUGGAGCCGUGCUCUACUCCGCGCGUGCCUGGCUUGGUGGUGGUGUAGAGAUUGGAAAAUGUGGUAUGCAUAUCCGCGGGGGGAGUGCAUUCACCUAUGGCGGCGAGGAGCUCGACGUGCCAUUCUUUGAGGUGCUAUGUGGCCCGCCCGACGUCGUCGAGUGGGUCUCCUUUGAGCGGGGCGCGACUGCCAACCUACCGGGCUGGCAGCCGGUUGAGGGCGCCCGCGACCGGAUGACCCUGCGUGCUGUUCUCAUUGCGCGCGCCACACACGAAGGAGGCUUACAGCCAUGUAAGUGUCUCGUCGAUGACGACCACGCCUGCAUCCCCUCUGGCGGACAAGAGUCUUGGGUCACUCCCUUUGAGGUUCUCACGUACGCCGCCAUGUUUAGGCGCUAG